AAUCUAUAGGAGAGACAGGGAGGCAGCACUAUCUGUAUAUACAUCAUCUACAGGAGAGACAGGGAGGCAGUAUUAUCUGUAUAUACAUCAUCUACAGGGGAGACAGGGAGGCAGUACUAUCUGUUUUUUGUAUCAGCUCAGUUAACCCUUUGUUUCUAGUCUCCUUACAUCCUCCCUUAUCUGUCGUCUUUCCCUCCUGCUCAGUCCUGGGGCCCCGGAUAUGAGGGGAGCGGCCGCCAUAUUCUCCGAUUAACCAUUUCCUUCCUGCUCUGAUGAGUAAAGAUCCGGCAGUGCAGACCUGGAGCGGCUCCUACUACCUGGAGAGCGAGAAGCGAUGGCUUCCGGGGCGACUCUCACUCACCGCCACUCACCUUCGCUUCCAGGCGGACGGCGCAGACGACUUCUUGGUGCGCUUCCUCCUCUCAUCCAUCAAUGAACUGAAGAAGGAGUCGUCCAGCUACAUCUUCAGCUCCAUCACGGUACUGGUUGGGGGCGGAGCCAAGCACUGGUUCAGCUCGCUGAUCCCCAGCCGGAACAUCGUCUUCACUGUGCUGGAGCAUUUCUGGAGGCAGCGGCUGCUGUCACCGCGGGGGGAGGAGCCAACAUCUGAGACCUCUAAAGGGAAGGAGCUGAUCGGCAUCGUGUCCAGGUCCCAGAGACGCCUGGAAGACACCACCCGGGUCCUCCACCACCAGGGGGAGCAGUUCAACAACAUUAUGGGCGGCCUAAACAAGAUAGACGGGGACCUGACCACUGCCGACAGGAUGCUGUCGGUUCUGGAGUCUCCGUCCUGGUGGCCGUUCAGUGGGAGGAGGACGAGGUGUAAAGAAGGGAAAGUCUCCGCCCAGAACCGCGGGAAGGACGGGGUCAUCACCGCCAUCCCCAUCGUCUUCUCCCGUCACCCCGAUCCCAGCCUCAGGCCCGGUCACCUGACCCUCCUGCUGUCCGCCCUGGAGAUCAGCGGCCCCGAGCUGCAGCCGCUGCACCGGUACGAGCGUCAGGACGUGGACGACAUCAGGGUGGUGAGCGUGCACGAGCUGAGCGUCCGGCAGAGAUUCAUCGGGAGACCAGACGUCACCUACAGGGUCAUCUCCGCCAGACUCCCCGAAGUACUCCCCCUGCUGGAGAUGCAGUACAAGGCCAAGGUGCAGCUCAUGGAGGAGGCCGCCAUGUCCAAGUGCCGCUCCUCUCCGAACAGUCCGGGGUGGCAAACGGGUAAAUGAAUGCAUCAGCCACUGC